UGUAUAUUCAGGUGCACGUACCAGGUUCUUAUUUUUGGCCUAACCAGGAACUUCCUAAGGCUGUCAGGCCAUUUCAACUGAGAUGUUUUCUAAAUUGGCAAGUUGUUUUAACAUUCCACUAUACGAUUUUUGUAGGCCACGACGACUUUUCAAAACACCGUUAAUGGUGUUUUCAAAACACCAUGUCGGAUACUGACGUUGAGGAGAAACUAAAUACAGAGAACAUCAGUUCGGUUGAUGUCCAAAGCUGCCCUGCAGAAAAGCUUAGCAGGCUUCCGAUGUCUCGCAUUAAGACUAUAGUGAAAACUGUACCAUCAGUAGCACUAGUAAAUGCCGAAGCCUUGGCUGCCCUUGGAUUUCUUUGUGAGCAGUUUAUUCAGGAUUUCUGUGGUAGUGUUUUCGAACUAACAGUACAGAACGGGAAGAAAACUAUUUCCAAAUUGCAUGUACAGAAUACAGUCAAGUUGGUGCAGAAAUAUGAAUUUUUGGAGGGGAUUAUUGACUAAUAAUUAUAAAAUCAGAGUACAUUAAAUUCCUUGUACGAUAGCUAUUUUGCUGUUAUAGUAGAAAUCUAUCACAGCCAUUAAGUAUGUUUAAUAUAUUUGGCGGGGUUUUUU